AUGGAUUAGAUUGAAUAUGUUAAUCUUGAAAAGAAGCCAUAAGCUGAUAAAAAUAAUUAAAGAAGGAAAUAAAAUAUUAGACAAAAUAAAAAUGACAGAAAUAGAAGAAUCUAAAGAGAUAAUAAACCAUUUAAUCAAUAAAGAAAGUAAUGGAAAAACAAAGAUUAAUAAAGAUAAAAUGUAUAUAAGAUAUAUUAUAAUAAUUUAGCGUCCAUUUUAAUCUAAAAAUAGAAUAGUGGCAACUGGUUAAAAGAGAAGACAAGAAUAAUAAAGAAAAUUUAAUUAAAGAUCUAAAGCCCCUAGAAAUAUUUAACCAAAUGUCAUAAUAAAAGGAUUGGAUCCUAAGAUGACAGAAGCAGGUUUAUAAGUAUUAUAAUAAAUUUACAAAUUUAGGAAGCUUGUAAAGAUUUUGGUCCAAUGAAUAUGUGCAAAUUAGAUAGAGAUAACUUUGGAUAAGUGAAGGUAAUUUAAAUUAUUAACUUUUAAACAGCCAGAAGGAAUUGGUUUAGUUAGGUUUACUAGAGUAGAAGAUGCUAAAGCAUGUGUCGAAAAGUUAGAUGGUGUUACUGUGUAAAUUAUUGGAGAAAAUAACAAUGUAAUUAAACUUUUAUAUUAUUAGGAAAAAGUAAUAUCGGCUACCUUUGUUGGUGAUACAGAACAAAAUGACAAUAAUAGAAAUAGAGGUGUAUUGAACAUUACUAAAGGACCUAUUAAAAAAAGGUAUUGUUUCAAUAAAAUUAAAAUAGAAACUGGAGAAGAUGAAUUUGAAUAAACACAAAUAUGUUAUUUUAAACAAUUCAAAAAUC